CCACAAUAAUAAUUAUAAUAUUCACAUGGACUUGGAGGGGGGAUCGAGAGAAUUAGUACAUUAUUGAUUAUCUUCAGUGAUACUUUGAUUCAUUUCCCUUAGUCUCAGGUGUAAGACUACCCUCAACUAAUAAUUGUAAUAACAGGUCAUGUCCACUAGUGGGUCUGAAGCUUCUCCCUUAAAAGAAAAGAAAUCAAAACCCUCAAGUUCUCUUACCUCCCGUGGACAUUAUGCCUUUCACAUCUCCCCCUCUCGUACCAUAUAUCGUCCCCUACCACCGAGCAAGUUUAAAGUACCUUCCUCUUCUGUUUCGCUAAAAAGAGGAACUAAGAAAAAGAAGACUUCUAAACUCGACGUUUUUGAUUUUCAUUCUGAUGAUAGCGACUAUGAGUUUGAUAUGCCAAUAGUUGAUUAUCACUCGCCUAUACCGGUCCGUGUAACUGGUGGAACGAGUAAGACCAGUUCGGGAUUACAUGUAGGACAGAAAAGAGGCAGAGGGCGUCCAAGGAAGACUCCAAAGGAGCCCUUGGAUGAAUCCAAAGAUGAUGAUUCAACUGCCAACGAAUCUGAACCUACCAGUCAGAAACCUGCUGACAGAGGACACUCAAGGAAGACACUCAAUGAGUCGACUGAAAGUGAACCUGGCCCCAAUGAUGAGUCUACUGGGGAACUUACCCCAGUGGUUAAGAGAGGGAGGGGACGGCCUAGGAAAACACCAAAGUCAACAAACGAAUCAACUCCUAACAUUUCUAUUACAAGUGAACCAGAAUCUAUUGGUCAGAAACCGCCUGUUAAGAGAGGGAGGGGCCGACCUAGAAAGACACCAAAAUCAACAAACGAGUCCACUCCUAACGUUUCUAUUGCAAGUGAACCAGAAUCUAUUGGUCAGAAACCGCCUGUUAAGGGAGGCAGGGGAAGACCUAAAAAGAUACGAAAGGAAGCCAUGAACGAGUCGACUGCGAGUGAAUCAGAACUGGUUCAAGAGUCUACUGGUACUGAGAGUGAGCCCUCCAGUCAGCAACCACCAGUAGUGAAAAGAGGGAGGGGUCGUCCAAGGAAAACCCCCAAGCCAUCAUCAGCUGUUAGCACUCCUUCGAGUCAGGAACCGGUCGUUAAAAGAGGGAGAGGACGACCGAGGAAAGUGAGGCCUCCUAAUGAUAGCAUUGGGACUGUCACACCAUCAUCUACUGAACAAAGACCCAGUACAAUAGAGACUGGCGAUGAUGAGGCUUGUUUAAAAAGAGAUGCAACAGGGGUUGGGGAAGAUAUGGAAGAGGAACCAGUUCCUACUAUACUAGACAUAAUAGACAAAGAAGAGAAAAGUACACCAGCAAAUAAUCCAUCAACUAAGGCUCAAGAUACAAUGGAGACUACGACUAUUGUUAUUACGGUUCCUCCUGAUCCGACGUCAUUCUCAUCUUUAUACGACGUUCCUGUUGUACCUCCUCCCACGACCACUGAUUCUGACUUAACUGACACAGAGCAAGAGAUUACUAGUAACAGUGUGACUGCUAGCACUCAACCAAAGACCAUCCCUGAUGGUGAGAGAUCUAAUGAUAAUACUGAACAAGAAGAAGAAGAAGAAGGUACUAAAGCAAUGGAGCCAAUGCCUAAAGGAGAUGCCUCACUCAGUGAGGAAGCACCACUAGUAGAGGCCUGUACUGGUUCUAAUGAAGGGGACAUUGGAUUGACUUCCGACUCUUCUGCUAAGCAAAAUACCUCAAGAGCUCUGUCAACUGUUGAACAGACCGAAGGAGCACAGACUGAACCAGAAAUCCCCGUCAAACCAACUACUCCUGUUAAAAGAACUAGCUCAACUAGUUCAACCGGUUCUACUCCUAUUAAAGAGGCUGCUCCAAUGACUGAAGCAGCCCCUGGUUUGCCAGUCCCAUUAGCUAAAAGUACCAGUGAUACUUCAUCUUACAAGGUCAAGCAGGACUCUGUACAGUACAGUGUUACUCUACCUAAGACCAAAUCAAAUAAGCCUGAUAUUCCAAGUCUUUCAAGAUCAUUAACGUGGCCAAAAGCUUUAGAAGAGAAACAGAAUGACGAUGAUUCUACUAUAACAGUUCGUAAUGUACGUCAGGCCCACGAGUGUCUCCAACACGGAGAGAACCUUCGAUUCAGAGAUGAUGUCAUUUAUCUGUUGGAUAGUAUGAAAACUGAAGAGCCAUUAUUAGUUCGCUGCCUAAGUACGCUCAAUUUGGCCGAACAGUGUCUGAAUGUUGAUUUUAUGAGACAGAUGCGCUCACUUGGUCUGGUUAAGAAGUCACUGCUCCUACUCAAAGAUGCACAGACUCAUCCAGCCCUUAAGGUUGCAUUGGUAACGCUGUCUUUUGUAAUGACUCAAAGUAAUGUCGAACCUUCAGAAUUAGACAAGAAAUGUACAGAGUUGCUUGUGAUGGCUUUAUCAGUCAAGGAUCAGUUUUUAGUUUCACCUGCUGGGGAGGAGGAGCCUCCGCCUUUGGAAGGGAAAGCAGCCACUGAGUAUAAGAAGAUAACGGACAAAUCUAAAGCUUUGCUAAAGAAGUGUUCACCACUACUGAUACAUGCUAAAUAUUCUGACUCUAGUAAUACUAAUGAGACAGUUGACAUCUCACUGCAGCCUUCAACAUUAAGUUUAGGAGAGCUGGCCACUGAGUGUUUCCUGAGUCUAACCUCAUCAAUGAAUACUAGUGUUUCAUCAUUAAAGGAAGAUCUGAGGACUCUUGGGGCUAUUGACGUUAUUGCUAACAGAGCAAUAGCAUUAACUAGACAGUGCACUGGGUACCUCACCAGUGGCCAAGAAGAGGAGGGAAAAGAAGAAGAAGAGAGAGAAGGAGAAGAGAGAGAAGUUGAUGUUCAUUUUAUGAAGUUGUUCAGGCAACUUAAACUAUUGGAAAAUAUUUUGUGUAUGAGUAAAGGAAACCAGAGUUACCUGACUAUGUUUGAUGGCUCAAUAUUUAUAUCAGAAAUAUCCAAAUUUUUAGUACUAUUAGGAGAUUAUCUUAUUUCAAAGGAUCUCAGCACAAGACAUACGUGUAUAGUGACUGAGACUCUAUUGGGGACUCUGAGAGUGUUUUUAAAUAUUACUCAUGAUAAUGCUCUCGCUUCAUACCGAGUCGGAGAGCAAGAGAAAAUAAUUGAUUCGAUAUGCAACUUUACAUUCAAGUUGGCUCAGAGUGUACCGGUUAUUCAACAAUUUGAUAUCUUAGUCCUCUGCUUGUCUCUAUUGAUUAACCUACUGGAGGAGAGCUCCACUAAUGUCCAGCACAUGUGCUCCGUCUUCAUUGAUGUUCCUUCUACUAGCAGUAACCCUUACGGGGAUAUGCUGGCUACUCAAGCUCUAGUGAAGUUGUUUUUGACUCAUUAUGAGAGAGGAGAGUCUGCUAGUGUUGAAGUCCCCACGCCUACAAAACAAGUCAUAUCACACGAGUCUCCUGCCAAGUCGCCUAAAGCUAGAAAAGACUUAACUUCGACUUUUACAUCAAGAAUGAAGUCGGGCAUCCAACCUGUACCCAAGAAAAGGAAGCAAAGAAAGGAAGAGAAGAUGGAAGAUGAUAAAGCUGAAGACAAAGAACAGGAUGAGGAAGAAGAGGAGGAGGAAGAGGAGGAGGAGGAGGAAGGGAACAUCAGCUUUGAUCCACUGAUAUUCAAACGGGAAGAUUUUGAUUCUGCUUUAUCACAAGCAGGGAAGCACAUGGAGGACUCCAUUAUAUCAUCAUAUUCAGCUGUACUGGUAGCACUAUUGAUACAGAAUGACUCAGAAUUCGCUCUCAAUGUAAAGAACAAGUUGCCUGGUGGUAACUUUUCGUCACUUAUUAAAGUUCUUAAAGAAUUCUUAUCAUUUAUGAACAUGGCUAGCUCUGGUUCCACAAGGUCUGGUUUAGACUCAGUCCAGAGAAUACUGAAGUUUCUAUCUGCAAUGGAUUGAUAGACUAAUAUUCACAAGCUCUGCCCUUUUAUGAUUUACAGAUUAACUUCACAUAGUAUGCUUUUAUCAUAAUAUCAAAGUUCUCCUUUUAAAAAACAUUAAAAACAUUA